UAUCGGUCGGGAUACAUAUCACCGCGCGCUCAGCACCUGUAAAUUUAGUUUACAAUCACUUUCAGCUUGUAACAUAAAAGGCAGACUGAUACAAAAACCCUAACGUUAAUACGCAAAACGGACAGGUGAUGUGUCAGGAGUUGGCAGAGAAAACAAGCGAUACAACACCGGUGAAUAUUGGACUUCAGUUCAACCAACAGGUGGUCAAAAAGAAAGGGGCGGCCAUGUUGCUCUGCUGGACCCGCAUCCUGAGGUCCAGCCCCAUCCCCGUCCACUGGGGGUCUGUUUGUUUUGGUAGAGUUCAGUUCCACAACAGAUUACCAUUCAUCACACACACCUUUGCUCAAGGACGGGAGGGAGGAGGACAAUGGGGGCCGUUGGGGUUUCCCCCCAAGCCCUGCUGUGGCUCCACCUGUUCGGCUUGAUCUCUCUGGCGUCGCCCCUCAACCCGGACGACCCCAACGUGUGCAGCCACUGGGAGAGCUAUGCAGUGACGGUGCAGGAGUCCUACGCUCAUCCAUUCGACCAGGUCUACUACACCCGCUGCACCGACAUCCUCAACUGGUUCAAAUGCACCAGACACAGAAUCAGCUACAAGACGGCGUACAGAAGAGGCGUGAGGACGAUGUACAGGCGCCGCUCUCAGUGCUGCCCCGGCUUCUAUGAAAGUGGAAACCUUUGUGUUCCGCUGUGUACUGAAGAGUGCGCCCACGGACGGUGUGUCUCUCCUGAUACCUGCCAGUGUGAGCCCGGCUGGGGGGGACUGGACUGCUCCAGUGGCUGUGAGAGCGAUUUCUGGGGCCCCCACUGCAGUAACCGCUGUCAGUGCCAGAACGGGGCCAAAUGUAACCCGAUAACCGGAGCCUGCGUCUGCACCGACGGCUUCCAGGGCUGGCGCUGCGAGGAGCCUUGCGACCCCAACCUCUACGGCAAGGACUGCCUGCUGGAGUGCCAGUGCAUCAACGGCGCCACCUGCCACCAUCAGACCGGCGAGUGCCUCUGUGCGCCCGGAUACACCGGCGCCUUCUGCGAGGAGCCUUGUCCUCCAGGUAAACACGGCUCUCUGUGUGAACAGCGCUGCCCCUGUCAGAAUGGAGGAACGUGCCAUCACGUCACCGGAGAGUGCUCCUGUCCCGCCGGCUGGGUGGGUCCGGUGUGCGCACAGCCGUGUUCCUUCGGAUCAUUCGGCAUUAAUUGCUCGCAGGAGUGCACGUGUCGCAACGGAGGCCUGUGUGACCACAUCAGCGGCCAGUGUCAGUGCACCGCCGGCUACAUCGGGGAGAGAUGCCAGGAUGAAUGCCCAGUUGGCACCUACGGGCCACAGUGUGCCCACAAGUGUGACUGUCAGAACGGAGCCAAGUGCUACCACAUCAACGGGGCCUGCCUGUGCAAUGAGGGCUUCAAGGGCCCCAGCUGCCAGGACCGCUUCUGUCCUGCCGGCCUGUACGGACUCAUCUGUGACCAAUACUGCCCCUGCAAAGCUGCAAACACACUCAGCUGCCACCCUCUGUCCGGAGAGUGCACCUGUGCAGCAGGAUGGGCCGGGCUUUACUGCAACGAGACCUGUCCGGCAGGUUACUACGGCGGGGGCUGCAGAGAGCCGUGCGCCUGUGCCAACGGAGCCGACUGCGACGGCACCACUGGAGCUUGUGUGUGUGCUCCAGGGUACAUAGGGGACGACUGCUCCAUCAGCUGUCCUGCAGGCCUGUACGGGACCAACUGCACCUCGACGUGCUCCUGCCACAACGAGAUCUCCUGCUCGCACAUCGACGGCUCCUGCAUCUGCAAAGAAGGUUGGCAGGGUGUGGACUGCUCCAUCCCUUGCUCCAGUGGUGCUUGGGGACUGAGCUGCAAUCAGACAUGUCAGUGUGCCAACGAGGCAGCCUGCGACCCCGCCAACGGGACCUGCACCUGCUCUCCGGGCUGGAGGGACGAGCUCUGCGACGUACCGUGUCAUGAGGGAUCAUACGGGCUGGACUGCAGAGAGAGAUGUGACUGUGUCAACGCUGACGGCUGUGAUCCAGUGACCGGCUUCUGUCGCUGUGUGGCAGGUUGGACCGGUGUCCAUUGCGACAGUGUGUGUGAGGAGGGACGCUGGGGACCCAACUGCUCCUACAGCUGCACCUGUGAGAACGGAGGUUCCUGCUCCCCAGAGGAUGGCACCUGCGUGUGCGCUCCCGGUUACCGUGGCACCAACUGCAGACGAACGUGUUCGCCUGGUUUCUACGGCCAUCGCUGCAGCCAGUCGUGUCCUCAGUGUAUCUACAGCGACGGCGCGUGUCACCACGUCAGCGGACAUUGCGAAUGUCUCUCUGGCUUCUUCGGCUCCCUCUGUAAUCAAGUGUGUCCCAGUGGGAAGUACGGUAAAGCCUGUGCUGAGGCGUGUUUGUGCACCAACAACGGCACUUGUAAUCCCAUCGAUGGCUCCUGUCAGUGCUACCCCGGGUGGAUCGGCGCCGACUGCUCCAAACCGUGUCCUCAGGGCUCGUGGGGUCCAGACUGCAUCCACACAUGUAACUGUCACAACGGAGCCCAGUGCAGUGCCACAGAUGGAGAGUGUAACUGCAGCCCUGGAUGGACGGGACUCUUCUGUACUCAGCGCUGUUCUACAGGAUUCUACGGCUCUCAGUGUGCUGAAGUGUGCCGCUGUCAGAACGGGGCGGACUGCGACCACGUCAGCGGACAGUGUUCCUGCAGGACGGGCUUCAUAGGGCAGAGCUGUGAGCUCAAGUGUCCUGCGGGGACGUUUGGCUACGGCUGCCAGCAGCUGUGUGAGUGUAUGAACAACGCCACCUGCGACUACGUGACGGGAACCUGCUACUGCAGCAUCGGCUUCAAAGGCAUCCGCUGUGACCAGGCGGCUCUGAUGAUGGAGGAACUGAACCCUUACACAAAGAUCAGCCCGGCUCUGGCAUCAGAGCGCCAAUCAGCCGGAGCCGUGCUGGGCAUCAUCUUCCUGCUGUUGCUCAUCAUGGCCAUGCUGGGCCUCGUGGUCUGGUUCCGCUAUCGGCAGAGAGAGAAAGGCCACCGCGUGCCGAGCGUCACCUACACGCCCGCCCUUCACAUCAACUCCACCGACUACUCACUCUCAGCAGGGCUGCAGCGCACAGGUCUGCUCGCCUCUCCAGAGUCCUCUCCCAGUAACAGCUCGGCAGGCCGCUGCUUCUCCAACCCCAGCUACCGCACCCUGGGGCCCUGCACCUACGCCGCGCACUACGCCAAGCCCCACAAGAGACUCCCCACCAAGAGGAAGACAAAGAAGCGACACAGGAACAGUGCUCCAGAGUGGGGGGCCUACUGUAACCUCAGCGAGCUGGGCGUUUACUGCAUCGACCGGCGCUACAGCUACCACGUGGAGCCGCGCUACAGAGACUACAUGAAGGGCUCCUUGUCCAGCACCUGCUCCAUCAACAGCGAGAACCCGUACGCCACCAUCAACGACGCGCCCGCCGCCUGCAAACACUCGGAGAGCAGCUACGUGGAGAUGAAAUCGCCGGCUCACCAUGAACACAUGACUCACUGCUGCUCCGCCGCCAUCAUCACCACGACGACCACCACGUCCGCACCCACCAAGAACAUCUACGACAUGGAACCAACCAUCAGUAUCGUGCAGGGAGCCGGCGGUGCGGUUCCCAGUUACCCUCAGAACCCGUACGACCUGCCCAGGAACAGCCACAUCCCCAGCCACUACGACCUGCUGCCUGUGCGCCCCAGCCCGUCCCACAGCCACAGCCUCACCCUGCACAGCCACAGCCCCCCGCUGCCCGGCAGCCCCACCAGCUCACUGCUUUAGACCCCCCCUCCCCCCCCCGACUGGACUCUGGACCAGAGCUCCCAGUUCAUCCAGAACCAGGAAACUGUGAAGUGGGACAUAAGAUGUGUGUUUAGGAAAAGGGGGGAGACUCUGCUUCUUGCAGUGCUCCAACUGUUGCACAGCUGUUUGAUAUUUUAUCACUGUAUUAUAUCCAAACUGUUUUUGUGCCAACCAAUACUACAUAUUUGUGUGUGUGUAUAUUAAAUUCCCACCCAUCAACAAAAUGUCAACAGAGGGAAUAUACACGUACAUAUGCACACAAGUAUACCUUUUUUUCUGGUACGCUGAUCUCUUGAUACGUCAGAAGAUGGAAAGUCGAGGAUGAUUGGAAACAGAAAACCGAGUUAUUUAUUUGUACUGAAAAGUAAAUGUGCGUGCCAAAGACUGGACUGAGGCCCACGUCACACCUUGACUGAGUGGAUCUACCGAGCCUGUAUAAUAAAGAAGCAUCAGACAGGCAUAUUUCCUCCCAGUGCUUACAAACCUGUACAGUAUGGACAUGUCUGGAGAAAAGGUGCUCAUUACCACUUAUAUUCUCCCAAAAAAAUGGACUUAGAAGUAUGCGAAGAAAUGAACACAAACUGCAGUCUGGUCAGAUCUACACUAAUUCUGGUAUUUUUACACAUUGUUUCUUAUUUCCUGUUUACAUAUUUAAAGAUCCGGUCGAGGAUCCAUAUUUUCUCUCUGAAAAGUUAUCUUUUUGUAUGUACUGUAGACAGAGUGGUGUAUUGGCUGUACACUUACUGUACACUAGUGAUUAUUAUUGUGAGUUUUUUUGUUGUUGUGUCAAGCUUAUUAAAGAUGCAUGCCAAAGAUGAUUCAAGAUUUAAUAUUUAGCCAGGAAUACCCUUAUUAUGUCCUUUGGUGCAAACUGAUUGCUGUCAUCUGACUGUCUCAACAUGGCAACAACUGAAACAUUCUUUUUGGGAAAAUGCACUGCAGGGCUGCAACUAACGGUUAUUUUAAUUACAGAUUCAUAUUCCAAUUAUUUUUUUCAAU